AUGCAAUUGAGAUGGAUAGACAGGUGGAUCGAACUCCGUCCUUUUCGAAUCAAAACUACAUUCUCUCAAAUCACCAUCCCCAUACUCGUUCUCAUAAACCUGGUUCCACGCGCGAGCUGCUCCGUCACCACCAUGAAGCUCACUUUCAAGGACUUGAAGCAGCAGAAGUUCGUGAUCGAGGCCGAACCUUCAGAGCUGAUCUCAGAUGUCAAGGAGAAGAUUACCAAGGAGAAGGGAUGGGAAGUUUCGCAGCAGAAGCUGAUCUAUUCAGGCAAGAUCCUGCAAGAUGCCAACACUGUCGAGUCGUAUAAGAUCGAGGAGAAGGGAUUCAUUGUCUGCAUGAUCACUAAGCCCAAGCCUGCUGCUGCAACUGCAAGCGUUGCCUCGAAAGCCCCCCCUUCUACCCCCGCAGCUCCCGUCGCCGCCUCUACACCAGCUCCUCCUCCAGCUCCAGCCCAGGCGAGUGCGCCGGCCCAAGCUGUUCCCGCUACACCUUCCCCAGCCGGUUCAGGUGCCGCUGCCGCUGCUAUUUCCUCCACGCCAGGCGGAGCUACCUCUGGUCUUUCUAUGGGCACUGAUCGUGCUGCGCAAAUCGCCCAGAUGGAGAAUAUGGGUUUCGAGAGAACACAGAUUGAUGCUGCUAUGCGUGCUGCUUUCUAUAAUUCAGAGCGUGCUAUCGAGUAUCUUAUUAAUGGUAUCCCGGAGAAUCUCCAACAAGAGCAAAGAGCCUCAGCCCCGGCUGCCGCUCAACCUGCCGCCUCACCGUCUCCUGCUGCCGCAAACCCAGCUGCCGAGGGGGGAAACGCGCCGGUAAACCUGUUCGAGGCCGCAGCUCAAGCUGGAGCCGGUGGACGUGGAGGAGCUGCAGGUCGUGGAGGAGCUGCAGGGAUUUUCGCAGGUGUUGGAGCUGGCGAUGCCGCUGCUGGUGGAUUGGGCAACCUGGAUUUCCUCCGAAACAACCCUCAAUUCCAACACCUCCGUCAAGUCGUCCAACAACAACCCGGAAUGCUUGAGCCUAUCCUCGCCUCCGUCGGUGCUGGUAAUCCGCAAUUGGCGCAACUGAUCGGACAAAAUCCUGAUCAGUUCCUCCAGCUCCUGAGCGAAGAUGCCGGAGACGAUGCGCCACUCCCACCAGGAGCUCAAGCCAUCAGUGUUACUGAAGAGGAGCGUGCGGCUAUUGAGCGGUUAUGCGCUCUUGGGUUCCCACGCGAUCUCGCUAUUCAAGCCUACAUUGCCUGUGACAAGAACGAAGAGCUCGCAGCCAACUUCCUAUUUGAACAACCAGAUGAUGAUGACAUGAUGCAAUGA